UUUUUAGCUUCGACUUGACUUCGCACGAUAAGAUUUGUUGUCAAAUAUCUGGAUAAUAAUGAAAAGCUCAUGAAAAUUUAAAUUUUUAUACAACAAUAUCUUUUAAAGUUAAUUUGAAAAGAUUUUUUACUUAUAUCAAUUACUAUUUUUAAUUCAAAUUUAUAAUUAUUAAAGCGUGUCAUAAGUAGCUCAUUGAUUACAAUAAAUUGGUGCUAUUCGAAAGGAUUUUUUUAAAGCGGGUGUAUGUUUCAUGUUCCGAUGCCUGCUGUUAUGACUACGGUGCUACACAGAAGACUGAUAGAACAUUAACAAGUGUAAUAUAAGAAUGAGGUGAAGAUGUCCAAGGUGCUGUCAGCAUUGGGUGGCGCACUGCCUGACGAGCGGCCGCUCCUUUCAUUGCAGAUUGUGGAGAGUGUAGCCAAGUGCCCCACGGGAUACUGGCCAGUCAGCAGAACAUACGAUGAAGAUGCUGAUGCAGGUCUUCUGCGCCAGAAUGGACUGUUUGGCAAGAAACCAAGUCACUACAUCUGCCUGUCCAAAUCGGAAGGUGUGCCGGGGUACGUGAUGGAUGGCGUGCUGGUGGUGGGCGACCGCGAGGCGGCGCCGGCGGGCUACAGCGUGGCGGGGCGCGCGGGCAAGCGGCGGCUAUGCACGCGUGUCUCGCGUCACGCCGCCGCCCACCACGCGCACCACGCGCCGCCCGUCACCGAUGUCAUCGUAUGCUCCAAAAUGCGACAGGCGCCUCGAGGGUUCCUGCUCGCUGGUGAGAUGAAUGGCAAGAUGGUGUGCUAUAAAGUAUGCGGCGGCAGCGCGGAUACAUCGCCCACUGGCGCGCCUAACGACUACGAGAACGUCGUCACCAACCUCACACCUGACGCUAACAGAAGGUUACGUCCAGCUCCCGAGCGUCCUCCCAAACUGUCUCCACUGAUCAACGAACUCAACAAUUUAAAUCUAAAAUCACCCAACUCGAGUAUUGACGAAUUAAAAACUGACCACGAUUAUGAAGCACUGAGUCCGUCGUACAAUGUGAAGCCAUCCAGACCAGCACCUAUACAGCCACCUAUUCCACCGCCGAUCCAGCCCCCGAGGGCCAUGUCGCCGCAGCAAGCCGCGAGGGCGAAGUCCCCGGUGGGCAGCCCCGGCCCCACCUCGCCCGCGGCGGUGGGCAGACGGAAAGGUCCCGCGCCCUUGCCCAGGGCCUCUAACUACCAGACCUUAGGUGGAUAUAAUGGAAUGGAAGGUGUUCCGUUUGUACUAAAUCCUAAAUUGAGAGGGUUACCUAGUGAUGCAUUGACGCAGUUGCCAGUUAUAAAAAAGCGCUCUCGUUUCGAUCUCGACCGUGACUACAGCUACAGUUUCGCUGUGGAGAGACAGACGUGAGCACAUCUCUUGACGAAAGUACUAUAACUGAUUUUGUCAAAUAUUAGUAGAGCAUCCGGAUUAGUAGUUGGUUUUAAAACCCAAUUUCUUCUUCAUAUAUUAUAUUAGAAUUUAAGUAGAAGCCUCAUCGGUACUGUUUACCUUUUAUUCUUUUUGGUAUUUUAA